AUGACUGGGAGACCUCCUGCUUGCCAACCCUCACAAUGCGACGCCGGACUACUCUCAAGCGAAGGCGGUAUGCUGCAGAUUCCCGAGCUCCAAUGGCCGCUGUCACAAAUCUUGACCCACAGGGUUGCUCUCGCUCAGAUACAACAGAAGAUCAACAAUGUCUUUUAUGCUGUAGCGACAGCGAGACAACGACUCAGCUCCCUCGAAGAGGCCGACUCCGAUCUCGUGCAGUGGAAAGAGGAGCUGCCCCUCGAAAUCCGACCUGAAGAGCACGCCAUGCUGGAUGGCGAUGCGAACAUUGACAUUUACAUGAUACAUUUGGAUUAUUUCAACUUACUACGCACUAUCCACUGGAGUUUGAUUAACCAUUGGCUGAGGUCUGAGCGAAGUGAGGAUGUUGCUCGACGGCUCCGCGCGAGCGAAUCAAUCUGUCUAGGCGCCUGUUUGACGUCGGUGCGAACAUUGAAUGCGUAA